AAAAAACUGGCUCAAAAUGAUUCCGUGACAAACUGUUCGAAAGAACCGGAAGUGAGUCGGACUUGCCAUCACUAACUGGGGUCAAUCGGUAGGAGGCGCCAACUCUAGACGGCUUACCGCUCAUGUAACCCUCCCCCAACCUCAAACGAGGCAUCGACUCCGUCAUCACCCAUUAUCAGUGAGCUAGCUCAUGUCUUCGGCAUAGUUGCGCUUUGAAGGAACUUCAUUGUUUGAAACCUUGCACGUGCAAAUCAACCAAAGACUGAUCCCAAAACGCUUUGCUGUUCUUCCCGUCCAAAAUGGUGAAGAUAUUUGUUGGCAAUGUAGCUUCAGCGACCACCGAAGACGAGCUCCGUGCUUUGUUCGAGAAGUAUGGCGCUGUGUCUGACUGUGAUAUUCUGAAAAACUAUGGCUUCGUGCACAUGGAUGAGGAAGAAGCGGCGCAAAAGGCCGUCUCGGCUUUGCACAAGCACGAGGUCAACGGUUCGCGCAUCACCGUCGAGUAUGCCACCACCAAGGUACGCAAUGCCACCAAGAUCUACGUGGGCAAUGUUCCCGAAGGAGUCACCGCCGCCAAAAUCAAGGAGCUCUUCCAGCCGUUCGGCAAGGUGGUGGAGUGCGACAUCGUGAAGAAUUACGCAUUCGUUCACAUGCAGAGGGAAAGCGAGGCUCUGGAGGCCAUUUCAGAGCUUAACCACUCCAAAUUGGAGGGCCAAAAGAUCUUUGUGUCCCUCUCACGCAGUAACCCAUCCAGAAACGGCCGAGGGGAUGACUAUUAUCCUCCUCCUCCCCCACAUCACUAUCCACCUCACCCACACCAUCAUCCUCACUUUCUCCCCCCACGCCCGCCGCCCCGUGACUACUAUCCGCCCCGUGGCCGACUUCCACCCCCUCCUCUCCCACCGCCGCCGCCCCGCGCCUACUACGAGCGCGAAGUGUAUGAGAGGGGCCUUCGCCACGACCCGUACGCUGCCCCAUCCCCACGUUUUUACGAGCGGGAUCCAUAUGAGCGGCGCCUUCCGCCCCCUCAGCGACCAGUCACGCCGCCUCUCGCCGGACGCUACUACCGUGAGCGCAGCCCUCUCGGCGGUCGCCGCUCUCUCCUGCCUCCGCCUCCCCCUCCACCCUCUUCUGCCGGCUUCGCCCGCGGUUUCGCCCGCAACGGCGCUAGCUCAGCACCCCCUCCCCCUGCCGCCGCUCCUUCCUCCCACUAUCAGCGCUACUCUCUCGGCUCAGGCUUUGAUAAGGAUGAUUAUAUGGAGGACAAGUACAGCAAUGGCUUCAGCCGUAGCUACUAAGCAUUGAAGUUUGUCCGUCCCUUUUUUAUUAUCGAGGAGCCAAGUAAUCUAAGAGGGACGUAACUUCAGGGAGUUAGGGGUGAUUUUUUUUAUUUUAUUUUUUUUUUUUUUUUUUGGGUAAUAUUCUGUGAUAGUUGUAGCUAUUUUAGAUAACGGGUCAAUCAGCUAAUACUGUACUCAUUUAACUAAUAGAUUUACCUCCGCCCGAUGAAGGAACGGCAAAUAGGAAGUUAAAUACACCUGAGUUUUAUAGCAUGUUAUGAUGUACUAUAUUUGCCAGCCAUAUCGGUUUGAGUAUUUUCUUUCUUUUUUUUUUUUUUUUUUUGUACAAUCAAAUCUUACAUUUUUAGUUCAUUUUACUCUGGCAUGCACUAAAUACAAAAGAAUCGCUUGGGUAAAAAAUAUAAAUAUAUUUUUUUGCAUUGAUAUUUCAACUUGCAUAGCCUACCCAACAGGAAAUUGGUCGUGUUAAAUGUUUAACUGUUUUUUUUUUUUUCUUUUUUGUUUUUUUUUUCUUUUUGGCAUUUAGAAAUAUUCAAGUUUUGUCAUUAUAUUUUGCAUGAGUGAGACAAGUUAAUUUGGAGAUAUUUUGAAUUUUCCUCAUUGGUCUUCGUAACUAAAUUAUAUUAAUACUGUAUUUUUUGUUUUGUUUUGUUUUGUUUUUUUGAAUUGAAUUUCUUCUCUGGACUACUUUUAUGUAGGCAAAUUAACUUGCUAUGUUGUUAGAUGUUGGAUGUAAGUGAGACCAGUGGGAAGGAACAGAGAGGAAAAUGGGUAAAGAGGUGGUUGUGGGCGGAGCUCUAUGCUAACUGACUGAUCAACCAAUCCCAUCCUACCGGCUAACCGAGUACAUCGCAUCCACCAGCCGCUCAACUUUCGGAUCCGCUGCCGCAUCCUAGGACCAUCGGUCAAAGGAAACGAACGACCGACAAGCCGCUGACCGCCUAAUAAAUUAAAAACAACGCUGAAUCUAUUCUACACUGUAUUUCGAGAUCACGUUGUAUUAGACAAAUAGCUGAUUUGCCCGACUCCGCAGACUCAGAAAGUUUUUAAAGAUUAGAGACUUAUUUUGGCAUCACAUUAUAAUGGACGUGCUUGUGAUUGAAAAUAUUACUGAAUUCUCAAUAUUGUUUCCUGUCCUACUUGUACUACUGCUGUUUGCUUAUUGUUAGCGUACACCUCUGUUUAAAAUGUACGUUUGUAAAAAGCCUGUUUUCUCGACUGUUUAUCCGAAACCGCUCUUUAUCAUAUUGUCCACUCGAGCAGGUUCGAAACUUAUGCUUGUUUUGAUUUAAACCUAUGAAAGCAGAUUCAUGUUCUACCAGUCGCUGUCAUUUUGCCGCCUGAAUAAAAUUUCGACUGAUUUAGACGCAA